AUGCCUGCAACGGCAUCAGACCUCGCACAAGCCUUCAGGCCAGUAAAUGAAUGGGACUCGAAGAUUGCCGACAAACUCACCGAGAUUUGGGUCAAGGAUUCCGAUACAUGGACAGAGAGGAAGAGAAGCGAGUUUAAAGCACUGUGUGCCGACGCCCGCAUCACGCGGGCAACAAUGACUCCCUCUAGCCACAAGAUUCAUCGGAAGAUACAGGGCCGCAAAGCCACGCCGGCCGAGCACACCAUUCUUUCCGUCAUGUUUGGCAGCCGCGCUGUACAUAGGCUUUCCUGGGGAGCCGACUUCGCAAAGCAGAAGAGCACACUUCCAGUCGAAGCCGGCGUGGUGACGCAAGACGUGAGAAGAGUGCUAAGGAAGACUUGGAAGAGUCGCACGGAGGCCACGCCAGACGAGGCGCAAAAAGUGAAACAGGCUGCCAAACCAGAGGAGCCAGGACCCGGUGCAGAAACCCCCCGUGGCUCAAGUCAACCAAAGGCAACCGACCACGAUGGGCCAGAACUCCAACCGCCACGUGAAAAUGUCCACGAGGCCCGCCCCGUCUUCACAGGAGAGAGUCAUCAAAGACAAGUAGACAAGAGCACUGUUGGAGAUGUCGGCGAGGUGGACGGCGGUGUCGAAUCACGCGCCACUGCGGUAGGUGGCAUGGAGGCCAGGGCAGGCUUCGACGGAGGAGACAAGGUACCAGUCAGACGCCGAACACAAUACGACAACAUGAGACCUGAUACUGAGGCGGCUGUUCCCAACCAAAAUGAAGCCACGGACCAGAGGGCACAAAUAGAAUCCGGAAAGGAACUUCCAAAAAGCCGCAAGCGCAAGCUGGGCCUUGCCGAAGGGCCGUCGGCCAAAAAACACGGGCAAAAACCCAUCCAACAAAAAGACCCGUGGGAGAUGAUACAAAAUGCGAAGCCGACAGAGGGUCUGAAGGCAAAUAUCAAGGCAGUAGAGGUCCGCUGCGCUGCUCGCGAGGCGAGAAUAGCAAAGCUCGAGGAAGUGGUCCUCGAAAUGCACGAGGAACUGAAGAUGCUGCGGCGGCAGAUUGAUUCACUCGCUCGUUAUCUAGCGGGAUCUGCCUAA